AUGACGAAGCACACCGCCUUCGCCGCGGACGACGCGAUCGCCGCCGCCUUCACGUCCGCGCCGGCGGCGGCGCAGCCCGGCCGGCGGUUCAUGUCGUACCCGCCGCCGAUGGCGCGCGGCGGAUGCAGGGUGGCCGCGGCGGCGGCGGCGCGUCAGGCCACGGACCCCGGCGCCGCGGGCGUUGCCGCGGGGUCCUGGCCGGAACUCGUGCCGCGCCACGCGGACUUUGACGACUGGAUGGAGAAGCACCCGUCGGCAUUGGCCGAGUUCGAGUCGGUGCUGGCCGCCGCCAAGGGGAAGCAGAUCGUGAUGUUCCUCGACUACGACGGCACCCUGUCGCCGAUCGUCAAGGACCCCGACAGCGCCGUCAUGUCUGAGGAGAUGCGAGACGCGGUGAGAGGCGUGGCCGAGCACUUCCCGACGGCCAUCGUGAGCGGGAGGUGUAGAGACAAGGUGUUCAACUUCGUGAAGUUGGCCGAGCUGUACUACGCCGGGAGCCACGGCAUGGACAUCAAGGGGCCCACGGCACGGUCCAAGCACACCAAGGCAAAGGCCGAAGCUGUUCUGUGCCAACCAGCGAGCGCGUUCCUGCCGGUCAUUGACGAGGUGUACCGCACGCUGACGGCGAGGACGGCGCCGAUCCCUGGCGCGACGGUGGAGAAUAACAAGUUCUGCCUCUCCGUCCACUUCCGCUGCGUCCAGGAGGAGAAAUGGCGCGCUCUGGAGGAGCAGGUCCGGUCGGUGCUCAAGGAGUACCCGGACCUCCGGCUCACCAAGGGCAGGAAGGUCUUGGAGAUCCGGCCGUCCAUCAAGUGGGACAAGGGCAACGCCCUACAAUUCUUGCUUGAGUCUCUCGGUUUCGCUGACAGUAAAAAUGUCUUCCCGAUAUACAUCGGAGACGAUCGCACCGACGAGGACGCGUUCAAGGUGCUGAGCAGCAUGGGGCAAGGGAUCGGAAUCCUUGUGAGCAAGAUUCCAAAGGAGACCAGCGCAUCCUACUCCUUGCGUGAACCUUCUGAGGUGAAGGAGUUCCUGCGCAAGUUGGUCAGGUCCAAGCAGCGGGACUAG